UUAUUAAUUUCCAACCGAAAAGAGCACUCUCCUAAAAAUUUUAGGAAGUGAUGACAGAAGAAGUGAAAGAAAUUGAAAGUGGAAGAUUAAGAAUAUAGCCUAAGGUGAAGUGUCAACGAUGGCAGACCUGGUGGAUACUCCAGUAUCCACAGAUGUUCUACCAGAAAUAAAUUUGAACCUGGGAGAGCUGGACUUCACAUCAGAAGAUUUCCUCCUGGAUGAAGUUGAUGUUCACAUUCAAGAAAACCUUGAAGACGACAUUGUGAAAGAAGCCCUCAAUAAGGGUGUUGACUUACGACAGUAUUCUAAAGAAAUUGAAAAUGAUCUUCAGACAGUGGAGAACGAAUCUGUUCAGGACUACAUCAAGGAGAGCCAAAAUAUUGCAAGUCUUCACAAGCAGAUUGCAGCCUGCGACACCAUCUUGGAGAGGAUGGAGCAGAUGUUGAAUGGUUUCCAGGGCGAUUUGAGCAGCAUCAGCACAGAGAUACAAUCUCUGCAGGACCAGUCUAUCGCAAUGAACAUCAAGCUCAAAAACCGACAGGCCAUCAGAGGAGAGUUGAGCCAGUAUGUGGAUGAGAUGGUCAUCCCAGAGUCUAUGAUCACGUCCAUCCUAGAGAGCCCAGUGACCGAGGAUGACUUCAAGGAACAGCUGCACGAGCUCAACCACAAGAUUAACUUUGUCAAGGAGCAGUCCUUCCGGGACGCCCGCGCCUGCCUCGAUGUCAAGGACAUUCUAGAAAAACUCAAGAUUAAGGCCAUUGGAAAAAUUAGGGAAUUUUUGCUGCAAAAGAUUUACGCCUUCCGCAAACCCAUGACCAACUACCAAAUACCUCAGAAUACACUGCUCAAGUUCAGAAUCUUCAAUGAGUUCCUGAUGGCCAACGAGCGCCAUGUGGCCAAGGAGGUGCGGGAUGAGUACGUUGAGACCAUGAGCAAGAUCUACUACUCCUACUUCAAGGGCUAUUCCAGCAGGCUCACCAAGCUACAGAUUUUUGAGGAGGCGGCGACCAGAGAUGACCUCAUGGGGGUGGAGGACACAGCAAAGAAAGGCUUUUUCUCCUCCAAGCCAGCCAUGAAGAACCGCUCGACGGUGUUCACGCUGGGCAACAGAGGGGACGUCCUCACCACGGAGCUGGAGGCUGCCGUCAUUGUGCCACACGCCGCGGCCAAGACAGAGACCAGGUAUUCCUUCGAGAGCAUUUUCCGCAGUCUUCACUUUGCCCUGAUGGACAAUUGCUGCCGAGAGUAUCUGUUUGUCUCCGACUUCUUCAUGGUAUCCGGCACUGGGGCCCAGAAUCUCUUUGAGAACAUCAUGGGGAAAACCCUCACCAUGUUCCUGAAACUGGUGGAGGACAGUGUGCAGGAGUGCUAUGACUCUAUCGGCAUCUUCCUGUCGGCUCAUGUUGUCUACCGCUACCAGAGCAUCAUGGCCAAGCGAUCUAUUCCAGCUCUGGACAGGUACUGGGAGACAAUUCUGAGCAACCUGUGGCCUCGUUUUGAAUACAUUGUCAGCAUGAACAUCCAGAGUGUCCGGGAACGUGACCCCAACAAACUGGGCCACAUCGACAACCGACCACACUAUGUCACCCGCAGAUUUGCUGAGUUCUCGGCAGCCAUCGUUGGCAUCAAUGUGUCAUAUCCCAACGAGCGAGUGAAUCGUGUCUUGGGUCAGCUGCAAGCCGAGGUCGAGAACUUCAUCCUCAAGAUGGCGGCCGAGUUCCCACAGCGGAAGGAACAGCUCAUUUUUCUCAUCAACAACUACGACAUGAUGCUCAGCGUGCUGGUGGAGCGGACAUCGGACGACUCAAAAGAGGCUGAGAUGUACCGGGACCUUCUGGCUGCCCGCACGCAGGAGUUUGUGGAAGAAAUCCUGGCCCCUCACUUUGGCGGGCUUGUCACAUUUGUCAAGGACGCCGAGGUCUGUCUGGAGAGAGGUCAGAGUGACAGACUGCAGCAGGAAGAGAAGCGAGUGCAGCAGAUCGUGCGUGGAUUCAACUCAGACUGGAAGCGGGCGCUAGAGAGUAUCAACCAGGAGGUCAUGAGGGCCUUCACAAACUUCAAGAACGGCACUCAGAUUUUACAGGGGGCCUUGACCCUGCUGAUCCAGUACUACCACCGCUUCCAGAAGAUUCUGUCUCAGCCGGUGUUCCGGAAUCUGCAGAUCAAGCAUGAGCUCAUCAACAUCCACCAUGUGAUGGUGGAAGUGAAGAAGUACAAGCCGACUUUCUGAGCCGUCGAUUGCUUGUCUGUCUUGUUUUAAGUUCUGACGUACAGUCAAGUCCACAUGAACUAAACACUUUUAACCCCAAAACAACAGUAAAACAAAUUUUCAAAAGAAAGAAAAAUCCCUCAAUUUUAUUUCUCUUUUUUCUUCUUGAACAACUUUUCUAAAUGAAAACACAGCUAAACCAAAGAAAAUGCAGUGGUCCCACAGUUUUCAGUUGAAGCAGACUCCACUGUAUAUUUAUUGUCAGUGUAGUAAGAGCAAUGAGAAACUUUAUGGUUUCUAAUUAAUCAUCCUGAAAAGCUAGGUAGGGAAGUAACCCUUUUUUUUUCAUGACAGUUGUGAUUUGUGGGCUUGUUUAUAUAGCUCUGGCCUACUUGAUCAGGCAGCACUGCCUGACAAAAACUUUUGGGGCUUUAAACAUUUUGCUUCUGGUGUUUUGAGAAUAGUGUAGUACAUCGGGCCCAUGUUGGUGCAUGAAAGGAAUGUAACGUAGGACCGAAUUCUUGGUCUGUGAUGGCUCACAGUUGGAGAAAAAUCUUACAUCUCUUUGUCUCCAGGUAUUAUUCUGGCCCGUCCAUGGCUAACUUUGGAAGGGGAGAGUGCCUUUAUUUUUGUUUAGGGCUUUUAGUCCGUCAUCAGUUUUUGAAUGUUCAUGCAUUAUGCUGUCAAAAUAUCUGCUUUGAACAAAUCCUUCAGGACAUCUGUUUCAAAAAUAAAUCAAUGUCUUGGUUUGAUCUGGCAGAAUUAUUUUUUUCAGGCCAUUCUCACAGACCACUAGAUUUCAGAAUCUAAAGAGUCAAAUUUCAACAAAAAAUUACCCAUUGAAUUUGUAGAGUUGGAAGUGCUACUACUACAUGUAUUACUAGUGUCAGAGGUGGUGGUGAUUUUAGGCUUAAAGUCGAAAUUCAAAAUUGAUGACAGGUCACUUUGAGAUUUUGCACAAUCAAGAGUUUGGUGGUUUUUCUCAUGUACAUGAGAAGUUAGUACUGACCUUCCCAUUGACUUUAUGUAGAUGGGUUUUUUUUUACAUUAGGAGCUAUAAGCAUUAUCCUCACGAUGACUUCUUUGGAUCCAUUCUUUAAUUAAUUAUACAAUGGAUCUUUAGUCAAUGCAUCUUGAAAUUUAGAGCCUGGCAUGGCGAAUUUUGUGAGCAACAGUCAAGAAUGUUCAGUCACAGAAACCUUACCUCUGUCGGAACUACAAUAGAUCUAGAUCUAGUCCCUUCAAAUAGAACUACACAUAAUACCAAAAUGGCUUCCCAUAUCUGCAGCAAGAGUAAUGGGUCCAGCAAACAAUGAAAGCCAUGAUAGGAAAACAGUCAGGACCCUCACUUUAUGAACAGCGCCAGUGAUUCUCAGUGUUUUCUACUUUUACUUGAUUUUUUUUUUAAUGGUUUCUCUUGAGCUGAAAUUUUUGUAUGAAGAAAUGUUUGCCUUUCUGUCGCGAUCCCCUCUCUCAUCACAAGUGAGUUUUACACCCCGUUUCCAUCUGUGGGUGGGUGUGGGAUGGUGAGUUGCUCAAAGACCUCUCCAAACACAACCAUGUGUCUUAUAGAACCAACAGAAUGCUGCAUUGAAACUGCUCUCGAAGUAUGUUGAAUGCUUUUACAAUUUACAGUCAAGAAAUACUUGAAUGCGACAUAUACAUGAAGUGGGGGGGAUGUGCCGAAUGAAAGUAUCUUGUGGAUACCUAUUUAUAUAUAAUAAAAAUAAUAUGAUAUACAGAUUCUCUCUCUACUGUGGUGGCAGGGCUCGGUAAUGUUGCAACACUGUGAACAUGUAUGAGAUGAUUGCGUGAAUGCUUAUAAAUGAUUGUUGGUUUUUUUUUCAGUGUAUCUGUCACGUGCAAAUGCUGUGGAAGAAAGCUCAGAAAUCUCCUACUACUUGCUUUUUGUUUUCCAUGUGCAAUAUGUAUAUAUAUAUGAUUCUAUCAAGAGUACGAUGUUGUUUGAAAGUCAAAGGUUUCUGUUGAGAGAUAAAACUUGCUGUGUGUUUGUAAAGACAUUCUGCGACCGAAUGUUUGUGAUAACUUUCUCAGUCCAACGUGUUGGUGAUGACCAAGUGUAUUCAUUCCUCAACAUUGUGAUAUGAUGGGUUUUGUGUUUGCGACGUCCCAGGUUGAUGUAGAUGGUUUGUGAAACAUAGGGGAAUUUGCCACCAAAGUUUUUUAAAUUUGAUUUGUAUAUAUUAUGUGUACGGUGAAUCUUCUCUUCUGCUAACUCAAGAUUUGAAGUGUUUGCCAGUCACACAAAGAGGUAUAUGCUAUGGAAGUGUAAAUCUGUGCUGAUGUGAGAAUAUAUAUGUUUUCAAAUAAAAUAUAAAAUUAUUAAUA